AACAUGCAGAUGUAUCCUACCAUUAUGAAAGAUAAAUAAUAAGUCACUGCAAUAUUAACACAACAGGUUAUCGCCUCUUUGGUGGGAGUUUACUACUUAAUUCACAUGUUACAAGGGGCUGCAUACCAGGUGGAGCCAAACAGCCGUUUUCAGCACAAAGGGAGGAUGUCUGCCUGACUUGUAUUUAAAUCCACCCACGUUACAGCUCCUAUCCUUUGAUCAGCCCAACUUGAGAUCUGAUGGGAAACUCUCAUCCGUCACGAUUCAGACCAGACUUCCACAUCCCAUAUGAAACUCGGCAGGCAAGGCAGGAGAGCAGCGCAGGGACUUACUUUGGGUCAAUGAGGAUGCCGACUGUGAAGUAUCAGAGAGGGGACAUGGUGAUGGGCCGCUGGCCUGGCAGCAGCCUGUAUUAUGAGGUCAAGGUGUUGGGCUUUGAUGCAACAAGUCAGCUUUACACUGUCAUCUACAAGGAUGGUACUGAGCUGGAGCUCAAGGAGCAAGACAUCAAGAGUGCUGCUGGUUUCCAGACCCGUGCUCGCUCCCGCUCUCGCUCUCGAUCACCAGGCCGCCGUCGCAGCCGGUCACGCUCCCCAGCAAGGACCACAAGACGCUCGUCCUCCCGCACUGCGGCGGCUGUCGCUGCUGCAGCUAUAACGGAGAGUGCACCGUCCUCCCGCAGGGAUACAAACCUGAAGGACGCACUAGAAGUCAGGCUCAGUCCCCUGCAACAGACAAAAGCAGCUGAGAACAAUAGCCACAAUAAGCAUGAAAAGAAAGAGGAGAAACAAAAAGAGGAGAAUAACACUGCUAACAAAGUAAAUGAGAAGUCUGAGGCUAAGGUAGAGGCAGAGCCUGAGAAGAACCAAGGCCGUUACAAUCUGCGCCGCAGGAAGGACGACGGAGAUGUCAAACCAGUUGAGGCCAAACCAGAGCAGCUGGAGGAGAAGGAUGCCAAGCUGGCUGCAGUUCCUGCUGCCUCCCUCUCCACCCCACUUGACUUUGGAGGGAAGAUAGGAGCGUACUUCUGGCUGCUCUUCCUGCCAGCCUGGGUUCUUUUCCUGGUACUCCAAGUCAACCUGGAGGACCCCAGCCUGGCCAACUUCCCUCCUCCCCUGCCCCCUCUUGAAGCCUUCUGGGAUACCCAGGCUCUUGGCUUUGUUGUCCUCUGGAUCUUAUUCCAGGCCCUGCUCUACAUCCUGCCUGUUGGAAGGCUGAGCGAGGGCAUGCCACUGAAGUCUGGGGAGAGGCUGCAGUACAGAACCAAUGGUUUCUUUGCCAUCGUGGUGAGUUCUGUAGCUGUAGCAGCAGCGGUGCACCAGGGUAUUGACCUCACCUACAUCCACAGCCACUUCCUGCAGCUGGCUGUGGCCUCCUUCCUCAUCUCUGUCCUGCUUAGUGUCUACCUGUAUGUCCGCUCUCACUAUGCUGCCCCAGAGCAGCUGGCACUGGGGGGGAACUCUGGCAAUGUGGUUUAUGACUUUUUCAAAGGACAUGAGCUCAAUCCCCGCAUCAAAGACUUUGAUCUGAAAUUCUUCUGUGAGAUGCGCCCUGGUCUGAUUGGCUGGUGUUUUAUCAACUUCGCCAUGGCGCUGGCUGAGAUGAAGCAGCAGGGUCUGGACGCACCAUCUUACUCCAUGAUCCUUGUGAACCUCUUCCAGCUUCUCUACGUGGUGGACGGCCUCUGGAAUGAGGAGGCCAUCCUGACCACCAUGGACUUUAUGCACGAUGGUUUUGGUUUCAUGUUGGCUUUUGGUGAUCUGGUGUGGGUUCCCUUUACUUACACCCUGCAGGCCUAUUACCUGGUCAGCCACCCCAACCCCCUGAGUCUCCCUGCCCUUGCAGUCAUCGUCACACUCAAACUCGUUGGCUUCUACAUCUUCAGGAAAUCCAACUCUGAGAAGAACGCCUUCAGGAGAAACCCAUCAGACCCCAAACUGUGUCAUCUGAAGACUAUCCCCACAGCUACAGGGAAGAGUCUGCUGGUGUCCGGCUGGUGGGGUGUGGUCCGCCACCCUAACUACCUGGGAGACCUUAUCAUGGCUCUGGCCUGGUCCCUACCCUGUGGCUUCAGCCACCUACUGCCAUGGUACUACAUGAUCUACUUCAUCAUCCUGCUCGUGCACCGAGACUCCCGCGACAUGAGCGAGUGCAGGAGGAAGUACGGCUCGGCGUGGGACGAGUACUGCCGAACUGUUCGCUACCGGAUCAUCCCCCGCGUCUACUGAGGAACCAGCGCUGGACUCUCUUGAGCUGAGGCCUUUUUUGACCCAAUAUUAUGGCUGUGAAAGCUCUCAAAAAAUCCAAAUAUGAAUGGAUUGACUGACUGAUUCGAUUUUUUUUUUUUUUUUUUUUUUUAAGAAUGUUUUUGUUUUUUUAACCAAGAAAUUUUAAAAUCCUGACUCUGGACUGAAGGCGCUACAGAGCUUAGAAUUUUUUGAUGCAAGAAAAAAAGACACUCAUUGGUAUUAUGGACUGUUUGAAGAAUUGCCUUUUUUAAUAAAAAAUACUCAAAAAUAUAUACUUUUAAAAGUUUACAAAAUGGGGGGGACGCCUCUGCCAGGAAUGUCUUGUUAGGAUGUAUAUUUUUGUACAUACACAUUUGUUUUUAUACUUCAAGAAUAUCUCACCACUUGCAUAUUUUUUGGUAAGUUUUACUCUGCUCCCAUAUUCCAAAUGUUAUAAUAUCAGCUUGGCUAUUAUGAAUAAUUUUGUAAGUACGCCUUCCUACUAUAAUUAUACUGCUUGUGUAUAUUUUUGAAGGAUGGGAUUAAAAAUGCUACUUUUUAAAUUACCUGUACAGUGGAACUAGGACUCAUGUUCUUUCUCAGGACCCAGGAUGUUGUCAGAAAGUUGAAUUAGAAAAGUUUUGUCUCAAUAAUUUUGUUGUGUAUAAUGUUAUAUAAAUAUCUAGUUUUGACUUGAGAGUGUGUAAAAUGAUUUUGGAGGUUUCAAGAAAAAUGCACUAAUGUGUUAAGGCAUUUUUUUUCUUACGUUAUCAAUUCCAAAGUGUGUUUGAUUUGGCUUUGCUACCUCGGGUUCACUCACUCUCCAGUCCUUCCUCCUCUGUGCCCUCUGGGAGGCAGUGGGUGUAAUUAUGAGUGCGACAUCUAAGGAAAAUGAGUUAGACUUGUUUUUCAUUUCAACAAUAACGUUAGUAUCUGUUAUGGACAAGUGGCGCCCAUCCACAUCACACGCCUUUAGAAUGGAAUUACCAGCUACUUUGAUUUCCUGCAUUUUGAUGGCUCUGAUGAAACCAUAUGUAUUUUGCCCUGCUCGCUUCUGGAGCAUAUUCUUUAUGAACUGGUCGUUGAUUUGCCACCACUGCCACGUGAAUUUGGUUUCAACCUAUUUAAGCUUUAACAUGCCAGGUCAUAAGACAAAAACUAUUUUAAUGAAGUUUAUACUGUGACAAUGUGCAGAGCUGUUGACUGUCUUAGCAUUUAUCACCUGUGCAUUUGCAAACCCAAAAAGUAUUUUAUGCAUGUGCAGCAGUAGAUGAGUACAUAAGUAGCAGUACAUUAACUAGGUAGCAUUUUUUUUAAUGCUGUGCUGACUGAAUACCAUGUAAAUAUUUUUUUUUUUUUUGAAUCAUGUAUUUUGAGUAAAAGAGGUGACUAGUGAUAAUAGAAAUGUUUCUCAAUAGAUAUUUAAUGUUGCUUUUUAUUUGGGUUUUUUUUUGUUAACUACCUAAUUUUGACCACUGUAGUAAUGUUUACACCUAUCUGCCAUGUUUUUGGACAAUAUUUCAAAAUGUGUUAAAACAAAUGUAAAAUGGUGUGCAACAUUCUUUACCUGAUCAGAGACAAAACAUGUUUGACACUUGAAGCCACCAUCCUGUAUGCCCCAAGAUACUUUAUGGUGAUUAUGAUUAUGUUUUUUAUUCUUUCUUAAUAUUAUGUUCUUUUCUCUUAGGUUUGGUCUGUGAGUGGAAAGCAAUAAGUUGGAUGUACUCAGAUAUAUGACAACAAUGAAUGAGAAGUUAACAGGUCCACCAGGCUGUCAGUGAGGAUGAAAUCAAAUCUGUGACAGUGGCAGAAAAAAGCUUAUCUGUACAAAUGUUGGCAUAAAAUAAAGUUUUACAUUAUUUCCUU